AUGACAAACUCUACAGUAUCUCGCCCUGUCAGUCGCGAAGAGUUUGAGAUCGCGAUUGUGUGUGCCAUACCGCUUGAAUACGAUGCUGUAGUGAUUCUUCUAGACCAAUGUUGGGAUGAAGGAUGCGACCCAUAUGGAAGAGCUAGGGGGGAUUAUAACACUUAUACGACUGGAUCUAUCGGCAGCUUCAAUGUUGUUAUACUUCUUCUUCCUGGCACAGGAAAAGCAGAGGCAGCAAGCUCCGCAGCUAGCCUCCGAUCGAGCUACCCGGGGGUCAAGCUCCUUUUUUUGAACGGAAUAUGUGGCGGGGUGCCGAAUGUGAAGGGUGAAGAACUCCUUUUGGGCGAUGUUAUUAUCAGCAAAACUGUUGUACAGUACGACAUCGGCAACCAGUAUCCGGACGUUUUUAAAAUCAAAGAUACGAUUGAGGAAAGGCUCGGUAGAGCAAGCAAGGAUAUCCGAGGAUUCACUACUAUUCUAGAGACAGAACUCGAGAGCCACCGUUUGGAGGAGCGAGCUGCUUUUCUCCUUGAUGUGAUUCAGAGAAAAUCCGAAGAGGGACAUCAAAGACGCCGAAAGCUAUACACAUACCCAGGGUCUUCAAAUGAUAAGUUAUUUGAAGCAAGUUAUCGUCAUAAGCACCGCAUUUUGCCGACAUGUGAAUGUUCAAAUGGUUAUCAGGAGGAAGGUCCAGUUUGCGAGGACUCCAGAAAGCUUUCAUGUAAUGAACUGGGCUGUGAUUAUGCCCGCUUAGUACCGCGCAGUCGUCUUGAGGAGAAAAAGAAAUUUGAGAUGGACGGAAACAUAAAAGACGCUCAAGCACCCUCUAUUUUCGUUGGACGAGUUGGUUCAGGGGAUACAGUGCUCAGGUCUGGCAUUGAUCGAGAUAGACUCGCUAGAGAGCACGGUAUUCUAGCCUUCGAAAUGGAGGGAUCCGGUAUCUGGGAUGAAUUCCCAUGCAUUAUCGUCAAGGGCAUUUGCGAUUAUGCUGACAGCCAUAAUAACACAGACUGGCAAAACUUUGCCGCUGCCACUGCGGCGUCAGUUGUCAAAGGACUCAUCGAGCGUUACCCCAAAACCGAUGAG